CGUGACACCACUUUCAAACGCUAAGUUUUUGAUUUAAUUCUGCCAGCCUGUCACGCCAGCGAGAGGGUUUGCCGGGUUUUAGCUGACUUUUGUUUCCCGGUUAUCAGAUUCACCCCGCUUCCUGUUCGCUCCUCUACAACGGAUUGUACACAAUCAUCAUGGCGACCCAGGAUGGCGGUGAAGAAGUCAUAAUGGAAACUGAAACGAAGCCAAAAGAGACCGAAUCACUGGGUGAAGAUGGCGAGAGAGGUGACGCAGAAGCUACAUCUCAAACAGAUGCAGGAAAUGCCACAACUCAGGACUCUAGUAUUAGCAACGGGGACGAUACGGACGACACGCAGGAAACAGUGGACUUGAAGAUCAUCUGGAACAAAAACAAAUAUGAUCUGAAAAUUCCCGUGGACAGCACGGGCGCCAAGCUAAAAGACAAGAUCCACGCCCUCACUGGUCUUCCGCCGGCAAUGCAGAAAGUGAUGUACAAAGGGUUGCUUCCAGAGGACAAGACGCUACGUGAAAUCAAGGUUACGAACGGUGCGAAGAUAAUGGUGGUAGGCUCUACGAUAAACGACGUUUUAGCUGUGAACACGCCCAAAGAGGUCAUCCAGCAGGAAGUGAAGGCUGAGGAAAACAAGAAGGAGCCUUUAUGCAGGCAAAAGCAACACAGGAAAGUUUUGGAUAAGGGUAAACCAGACGACAUCAUGCCAGCUAUCAAAGGAACAAAGGAACGAUUACCAACAGUGCCUUUAUCCGGGAUGUUCAACAAGUCCGGAGGAAAAGUUAGACUCACAUUCAAACUGGAACAGGAUCAGCUGUGGAUCGGAACAAAAGAGAGAACAGAGAAAGUCCCAAUGGGCUCCAUUAAAAAUGUAGUGUCUGAACCCAUCGAAGGCCACGAGGACUAUCACAUGAUGGCUUUUCAGUUGGGUCCAACGGAAGCGUCUCAAUAUUGGGUCUACUGGGUGCCUGCACAGUUUGUGGAUGCAAUCAAAGACACAGUCCUUGGAAAAUGGCAGUAUUUUUAAUGUGCCUCUUUUUUUGACAAUGAUGAACUUGGACGGAGAGGAGAAGCCGAGAGAAACAGAAACUGGAGCGAAGGAGCGAGGCUUAAGGAACUUAUUAAGGAAUUUAUUGGAAGGAAUCUUGACGGAUGCCUGUGGACUAAUAAUAAUCUUUUUAGGUUAAAAGUGCACUAUGUGGCAGCGUAACAAUUCUCAGCCCUGUUGAUCAUUCAGAGGUUUUCAGCAAAUCCAAGGGAAAACGAUAAAAA